AUGGAUGGCGAUGAUUUCAGCCGGUCGGCGGAGGCCACGGGCGCAUCGGGAAUGGGCGGCGCCGUGGAGGCCGAGGACGUCCGGCAGUUCCUGGCCCUGACGCGAUCCCUGGACGAGGGGCAGGCGCGGUUCUGCCUGGAGGCGUGCGGCGGCAACCUGGAGAGGGCGGUGGACAUGUACCUGUCAGAUGUUGCUGGUCAUGGGGCCGUCCAGGGCUCUUCAGGUCCGCCCUCUGAUCCGAGCGCGGAGCAAUCCAGCAGCAGCGGGAUGAACGUCAGGAACGGCGGUGAUCGGGGCUUCCUUGUCGGUUUCCUGGGCGGGCUGCUGCGGCUUCCAUUCACCAUCUUGAGCAAGACGUUGGGUCUUGUGCAGUCAGUGGUGAUGUAUGCUGUCUACAUUCCCUGGCCGCAGUUGCGAGAUGACUACGAACGGAGCCAUGCAGAAGAGAAUUCUGAGCUCCAAGCACGGCAGUUCAUUGAUAGGUUUGAGUUCCAUUAUGGAGCUCAGCAUCCACCCUUUGUUGAUAAGAGCUGGAGAGAAGCGGCUGCACGAGCUCAUCGAGAGUUUAAAUUCCUUUGGGUGUAUGUGCACUCCCCAGAGCAUGAGGCUACAGACAGUUUCUGCCGUGAGGUGCUGUGUGCUCCAGAAGUGGUUGCCUUUCUGUCAGCGAACUUUGUCUGUUGGGGCGGGGAUAUCAGGCAGAGUGAGGCCUUCAGGCUUGCAGCAUCGCUGGGCACCACCACCUACCCCUUCCAAAGCCUGCUGGCGUUUUCGGGCUCACGCACACAGCCUGUGAGCUCCAUGCAGGGGUAUCUAUCACCACGGGAGAUGCUUGAUGCAAUACAGCAGGCCCUUGAUGAGCAGGGAGCCUUGCUUGUGGCUGAGAGGGUUGACAGAGAGAGAAUGGACUAUGACAGGCAGCUGCGCCAGGAGCAGGACCUGGAAUAUGAGCGUUCCCUUGAGAAGGACAAGAGACUUGAGGCACAGAGAAAGAAAAUUCAAGCCGAAGAGGCAGCCAGGAAGCAGGCAGAGAGGGAAGAAGAAGACAGAAAGCGGAGAGAGAUCGAGGCUGAGGACCGAAAGGCAGAGCAGAUGGUGGCUGCCAUAGAGGGUCGAAAGCAGCAGAAGCAGCGCUCCCUGAAAGAAGAGCCUGCUGCUGGGGACGAAGUCGCACAGAUACGCAUUCGUAUGUUGGAUGGGAGCAACCAUCUGAGGAGGUUCCGCUACAGCGACAAGGUGCAAGACAUCUUCGAUUACGUGGAUUCUCUCGAGAACCUGGGAGUCUUGAGCUACAGCCUGGUCCAAAUGUUCCCGAGGAAGGCGUUUGACGACGACGGUCGGGAUCAGACUCUCGUUGAGGCUGGUCUUGUACCGGACAGCUCGCUGCUGGUCAAGUCGAAUGACGAGUAG